GUUCCCGUGUACGCAUGCACGCAGCGGCAGCUACCGCGGGCCCUUUUAAAGGCAGCCGAAGCAUAUUCUUCUAGCUUACACUGCAACAGCAGCAUCUAUCAAGAUCUUCUCACCUUCUGCAAGCUGAGCUCUGGAUCACACUGACCUUUCAAGGCGUAUCAGUGGCCGCGCUGAGGGAGUAGUAAAUUGUGAAUUCUGAUUAGCCACCACCAUGCUCGUGAGGAGCGCCUCCACGCCGGUCCUCGGCGCGCUGCUCCCGCCGGGCUGCCAGUCGCCGGCGGUCUCCUCCCCGGCCGUCCACUUCCCCGAGUCGCCGGCGGCCGCCUACCACCCGCCGGCCAUCUCCUGCCACCUGGCCGGCCACGGAUCCGGAUCCGACCACGAGCGCUCGCUCGGCGCCGGCUCCGGCAUGCGCCGCACCAGCUCGGAGGGUAACCUGUCCUCCCUGGCCAGCCGCGCGGACGACCACCACCACCUCCUCCCGCCGCCCGGCAAGUGCGCGCCGCGGCCGCGGCCGGUGCCGCUCGAGACCAUCCAGUCCUUCACGGACCGGCGGGCGUCCACCGAUGACGAGGACGAGGAGGAGGAGGACGACGACGAUUUCGAGGCAGCGGAGCGCGAGCUGAGCUUCGGGCAGUUCAGCGGCUUCGUCGGCGGCGGCAGCACGUACUCGCACGAGCACCCGCUGUUCCUCGCCAGGGGCCUCGGGAUCGACCGCCUCGGCUCGGGCCUCCUCAGCGCCGACGACGGCGUCGGCGGGUUCGGUGGCAGCGGCGGCGGUGGCAGCAACCUGGUCACUUCUGGCAACGGAGGGGACCGGUCCGGCAUCGAGAUGCAUUACAAGAAGAUGAUCGAGGAGGACCCCUGCAACGGCCUCUUCUUGAGGAACUACGCGCAGUUCCUGUACCAGGUGAAAGGGGAUUACCGGAGGGCAGAGGAGUACUACUCCCGCGCAAUUCUCGCCGACCCAGACGACGGCGAGCUCCUGUCGGAGUACGCCAAGCUGGUCUGGGACGUGCACCGCGACGAGGAGCGCGCGUCCAGUUACUUCGAGAGGGCAGCCAAAGCUUCGCCGGAGAACAGCCAUGUCCUCGCCGCGCACGCCGCGUUCCUGUGGGACACGGAGGACGCCGACGUGCCGGAGGAGAGCGGCAUCGGCGCGCUUGGCUACGUGGGGUUUGCUCCUGCUCAUUCGUCUCUGGCUUCGGCAACAACCUGAACUGAAUAGAGUCGCUGCCUGUCUCUGAAUCAAGCUAGCAUUAUAGUCUCUGUUCGUUUCAGUAGCUUGAUUAAUAAUAUUAGCUUCAACAAUGAGCAAGCAGAUCCCGGAUUCUGUUAAAUUUCUUCUUUAUCCUUAAGCGAAGAUGCGAAGCUAGCCUGCUGUUAUAUAGAAGGCCCAGUUGUUCGAGUCGAAUGGCGGUGUAGACAUGAGAUGAUUAGACUUCGUUUACUGUCGUGCUGUGUUUGUUAAAUGUUGAUGUCUUGAUGAUCUGCUGCUGCUGGAUAUGAUUAAACCAGUACUAGUAACAUGAUAUGAAUACUCUGCCAUUCGGUUCGACCUCAAAUGGACUCGCAGUUCAUAUUUUCAGAAGAAAUUUGGCAACCUGUAGAACGCAAACGCCUUGCUCCGUCCGACAUGCCGGGACUGAUGUUUAUUCUUAGAGAAUGGAAUUGUUUCCGCCUCUGGAACACACACCAAAAGAUGCUUCUCCAUGUUACUCGUGUAUUCUGAAUUUCUGAACGAGAUGAGCUAGUUGAUGUGGCUGUA